UCACAGGCCCGCUAUUUAACCUCUGUGCCCAGGGCACAAGUAGCAAACAGGGACAGUCAGAGAGACACAGGGACAAUUCGGUAGCCAUACAGGGGCAUCAAGGGGCAGAGCAGGCUUUGCCCAGGACUUGUAUGGGGAUCAGGUUGAAAAUAAAGCAGAGGAGGAGCUGACCGCAGUGUUACACUCUCAGAAUGGCACUUUCAGACCUUCCCAGCACCCCACUGGCUCUUGAAUACCUUAAUGACUUUGAUCUGAUGAAGUUUGAGGUGAAAAGGGAACCCCCUGAACCACGGACAUCAAGGAUGGCCCCUCCUCCUUCACUUGGCUCAACUCCAUGCAGUUCCGUGCCCCCCUCACCCACCUUCAGUGACCCCUCUGAAACAGCAGGACCACCUCGCCCCAGCUUGGAGGAGCUUUACUGGAUGGCAGCUUUGCAGCAGCAGAUGGGGGGAGAAGGACUGCCACUGACCCCAGAGGAUGCUGUGGAGGUUCUAAUGGGAGGUGGAGGAGCAACCACACUCCAGGGUUUGGAAGCAGGGUACAGGUCAGGGAGUGGACACCCCCAUAAUUCUCACAAUGCAGGGUAUUUGCUGACCGCAGAGGAUUUGAAUGCACAACAGCACCAGCUAUCUCCGAUGUCAGAACGCUUCUCGGAUGAGCAGUUGGUGGGGAUGUCGGUGCGGGAAUUGAACCGCCAACUUCGUGGGUUCAGUAAGGAAGAAGCUCUGCGACUUAAGCAGCGACGACGUACCCUGAAGAACCGUGGCUAUGCUCAGUCAUGCCGGUACAAAAGAGUUCAGCAACGCCAUGUUCUAGAGACAGAAAAGUGUCAGCUUUCUCGUCAGCUUCAGCAACUGCAACAAGAGGUGGCCCGAAUCACCCGGGAGAGGGAUGGCUGGAGAGCACGAUAUGAGAAACUUUUGAGUGCCACAGGAGGAGGGUCAGGCGGGGACAUGCUGGGGGCUGGGGGUGACACGGGACCUGGAGCUGAGCUCUUCCUGUGACCCCACAAAAUUAGAGGACUGAACCCUAAACCAAAGGAGCUACUUCCAUCCAGGAGAUUGAGCCCCUCUUUUAUAAACAGAUCUAUAGUCUAAAAGCCUACAAAUUAGACACAGACACAAAAGCUUUGAGUACAGAAAACUUAAGUAUUCAAUCUCUUAUUAAACCAUUAGUAAGGAAGUUGUCACUGUGCUAUUUUUCUCCCAGAUACAUGUUUCCCUUUUGCAUCCAGUCACACCUAGAUAUUGUACUACAUUGUUUUACAUUUUAAAUGUAGAACACCACUAAAAUCAUUGUAUAAUGCUCAGUGAUUUGGGGUCUAUCUCAUUAUCAUCAUCAGUGUCUAUCAGGCUCACUGAAAAUAAAACUGCACUUUUCCAUUAAAAUGCAAUUUUUUCUUCCCAGAACCGCCCACAUGUUCCUCAUGUCAUUUUUAUGUCAUAACCCACACACUCACAUGGAAAGCAACUGAAUUAUGCUAGAUCACAAACUGCUCUGGGACUGGCUGAGCCUGUCCCUAUUAUCCAGGUGUCUCCUCGCCUCUUGCCCCUUUCCUUCCUGACUGAGGGGGGUUGGUCAAAAGAAUCUGGUUUUAUUUGAGGGAAUAAAGUAAAUUAUUGAUUUUUUUUUAUGUGUGAUUGUGGAACACUUUGCAGAAAACUCCACCUGUGUGGAAAAAUGGAACUAGCCGGUUACUAGGCAGAAUGAGCCAUGUGUUGUGAAAAGUUUUAAGAAAUGUUAUUUUUUUUCUUAUUAUUAUUAAUAUUUUAUAUUUGGAAA